AUGGACCAUUGCUCUCCCCCAGACGUAGCUGGGUGGGCUGAGUACGUGUCUAAAGGAUUGGACAGUACACGGAUGGGGAUAGCAUACGUCCUCCUACCAUUCCAGCUUCUACAUGAGCACAUGGUUCUGAAAGCGGGAAUACCAUCUUCAUGGAAUCAAAUGGAGAGCUGGACACAAAAUAUAAUCGCCUUCAAGUCAGCCGGUAGCGGGCGUUCUCAAGGAGUCAAUUCGGAACUACAGGGACUUGGACGAGCUGGCUCGAGGUACAGAAGGCCUGGAUUCAAUCAGGGAGGAGGACUUGCUCCCGAGUCUGACCAGUAG